AUGGGUCGCAUGAACGUUUCGAUGAUGCGCUACCUGGAAGGUGAUCACUUCCGGGUGCUCAUCGCAGUCGAGAUGGGCAUGAAGAAUCAUGAAGUCGUUCCACUGGCUCUCGUCUCGUCGAUCGCUGGAAUUCAUCGUGGAGGCGUGCUGAGAACGCUCAAUGACUUGUGCAAACAUCAGCUAGUGGCGUUUGAGAGGAGCAAAAAAUUCGACGGCUACCGUCUCACAAUCCGCGGCUACGACUACCUCGCCCUUCGGGCUCUAUGCUCCCGCGAAGUCGUCGGAAGUGUCGGAAACCAAAUCGGAAUCGGAAAGGAGUCUGAUGUCUACGUCGGUGGUGACCCGGAGCUCAAUGAUCUCUGUCUGAAAUUCCACAGACUCGGCCGCACCUCAUUCCGGAAGAUCAAGGAGAAACGAGACUAUCAUAAGAAGAGAAAGAGCGCCUCGUGGCUCUACUUGAGUCGUCUGGCUGCUGCGAAGGAAUUCGCAUUUCUGAAGGCCCUCCAAGAAAGAGGAUUCCCAGUUCCGAAGGCUGUUGACGUUUGUAGACACUUGGUUGUAAUGCAGUUGGUUGUUGGACAGACACUCUGUAAUGUGAACCACGUGGAAGAUCCUGCAGCACUCUAUGAUCGGCUGAUGGCGUUGAUUGUGAAGCUGGCAAGACAUGGAGUGAUUCAUGGAGACUUCAAUGAGUUCAACUUGAUUUUGCUGGAAGAUGAGAGGAUUGUGAUGAUUGAUUUUCCACAAAUGGUAUCGAUUGAUCAUCCCAAUGCUGAAUUCUAUUUUGAUCGAGAUGUCACUUGUGUUCGAACGUUUUUCAAACGAAGAUUUGAUUAUGAGAGUGAAGAUUGGCCGAAAUUUGAUGAGAUUGAGAGGAAAGGGAAUAUGGAUGUCUUGUUGGAAGCGUCUGGAUUCACUAAGAAAAUGGCGCUGGAUUUGAAUAAGGCCUACGAUGAUGGAAACUUCCUGGCUCACUGUGAACAGGAGUUGAGAAAUGAGUCAGGAGAGAAGGAAGACGGAGAAUCCGACUCUGACUCAGAAGAAGAAGAAGAUCUGGAAGCCAUUCACGAGGAGGAAGAAGAAGAGAAGGACCAUGAAGAAGUGAAAGCACAGGUGCAGGCUGUCAAACAACAGAAGAUCGUGCUCUCCCAAUCGACACGCUUCAACGAUUGGCUGUCAGACGCCACGAAUCUGUUGGAGAACGUGGAUUUGAAGGCGUUGAAGACAGAAGAAGGAUAUGAUGAUAGUGAUUUGCCGGAGAAGAUUACUCAUCCCCAUGGCGUUGUCGCUGCUUCAGAUUCCUCCGAGAACGAAGAAGAUGAGGACGAGGAAGAAGAAGAAGACCAUGUGGCAGUUGAAGAGCAAGUGGCGAAGGUGGUAAAGAAGAAGAGACAAGCAGGAGGAGGAGGAGUUGGAGCCAGAAGUGUGGCCAGUAGUGCUGCCACGUUUACAGCUGAAGAGAUUAAGAGGAAGCUGGCGCUGGAUAGGAAAAGGAAUAAGGAGAAGAUCCGUCUGAAGGUCAAAGGAAAGCAAAGUGCGGUGAGCCGUAACCGAAAGGACAAUAAAAAUGUGAUUUCGGAGUACGCUGGAUGGAUUUGA